AUUAACUUUCAGUUUCACUUUCAUGUUGUGCGUUACAGGUGGUCUUUGAUAGCGAACCAUUUCCCUGGCCGAACAGAUAAUGAGAUAAAGAAUUACUGGAUCUCUAACUUACGUCGAAGACUUUACAACUUUAGGCACAAAGGGAUUAUUAAGAAUACUGUAGAGGUGCCGAAAAUGGCAGUUGUUGUUGACGAAAAUUGCGAAUGCAUCUCGAGAAAACGCGAUCGAGUAUGCCAAUUCAAGUCCAAAAAAUACAAGAAUAACACGACCACCUAUGAAUCCACUUGUCAUGGAGGUUGUGGUGGAGCUACAUGGUCUGAAAGUGGUUCGAAUGAAUCACAUUUACCGGAAAAUUAUACUACUGAUACCGGAAAAGGACUAGAAACACAACAGCAUGAACAUCAUUUAGAGUCAGAGAUAAGUGAGCAAAGAAAAGAAGAAGCUGAAGACAACAAGAAGAAAGACAUUGAUAUUACACCUAAAAAACAACUUGUGUAAUGGGAUGUUAGAGGAGCAACAGAAUGAAUGUUUGCAUGAUUUUGAGAAUGGGUGUGACAUGAAUUUUGAUUAUUUCUUAGAGGAGCAAAAAUGGGUUGAUCAGUUGUAACACCCCUCAAAUUAUAAAAGUUUCGAGACACGUUAUUUAUAGAAUUAAGUUAUUUUUUUU